GGGGCGAAGGAGCGAGAGCCUGGCGCUGUUAGAGCGGGUGUGAGCUCAGCUGGGCGCAGAGGGCACCGGUGACUGCAGGAGUUCCUGGAGGGACCCCAAGACUCGUGAGCAGGGACCCGCAGUGCGGGUUAUGCUGGGGGCUACCAUCCCUGCGGAUAAUCGGACCAUCGGGACAGCGCCAUGGGGGAUUUUCAGGAGGAGUACGAAGAGGUGCUGGAAGAGAUCCUAGAGCAGGAGGAGUAUGAAGAUCCAGGUGCCCCCGUACCCCAGGUGGAGGAGCCAGAAGCUCACUUCACCGAGCCAACAGCCACAGACUACCACCAAACCUCAUCCCAACCGGGCACCCACGAGGUCUACGUGGAGCUGCACGAACUCGUGAUGGACGAGAAGAACCAGGAGCUGCAAUGGAUGGAGGCAGCGCGCUGGGUGCGGCUGGAGGAGAACCUGGGGGAGGACGGGGCCUGGGGCCGCCCGCACCUGUCCUACCUCACCUUCUGGAGCCUCCUGGAGCUGCAGAGAGCCUUCACCAAGGGGACUGUCCUUCUGAAUCUGCCGGAGACCUCCCUGGCUGGGGUGGCCAACCAGCUGCUGGACCAGUUCAUCUACGAGGAGCAGAUCCGGCCUCAGGACCGAGACGAGCUGCUCCGGGUCCUGCUACUCAAACACAGCCAUGCUGGAGACCUAGAGGACCUGGGGAGUGUGAAGCCCACGGUCGUGACACGUUCCGGGGAGCCCUCACAGCCUCUGCUCCCACAACACCCCUCGCUGGAGAUCCAGCUAUUCUGUGAACAGAGAGAGGGGGGCACAGCAGGCCACUCACCAUCGGGAAUUUUGGAAAAGAUCCCCCCGGAUUCGGAGGCCACCCUGGUGCUAGUGGGCCGCGCCUCCUUCCUGGAGCGGCCGGUGCUGGGCUUCGUGCGGCUGCAGGAGGCCGUAGAGCUGGUGGACGCGGUGCAGCUGCGCGUGCCCGUGCGCUUCCUCCUUGUGUUGCUGGGACCCGAGGCCUCUCACAUUGACUACACCCAGCUCGGCCGGGCUGCUGCCAUCCUCAUGUCCGAGAGAGUGUUCCGCAUGGAUGCGUACCUGGCCCAGAGUCGGCAAGAGCUGGUGCACUCCCUGGAGGGCUUCCUGGACUGCAGCCUGGUGCUGCCUCCCACGGACGCCCCCUCAGAGCAGGCCCUGCUCAGUCUGGUGCCUGUGCAGAAGGAGCUACUGCGAAGACGCUACCUGCCCAGCCCUGCCAAGCCAGACCCCAGAUUCUACAAAGGCCUAGAUUUAAAUGGGGGUCCAGGGGUCCCUGGUGGCCCGGAUGACCCUCUGCAACGAACAGGCAUGCUCUUCGGGGGCCUGGUGCGUGACAUAAAGCGCCGCUACCCUCGCUACUUGAGUGACAUCACGGAUGCACUCAGCCCCCAGGUCCUGGCUGCCGUCAUCUUCAUCUACUUUGCCGCCCUGUCACCUGCCAUCACCUUUGGCGGCCUCCUGGGAGAGAAGACCCAGAACCAGAUGGGGGUGUCGGAGCUGCUCAUCUCCACGGCGGCGCAGGGCAUCCUCUUCGCGCUGCUGGCGGCUCAGCCCUUGCUUGUGGUUGGCUUCUCAGGGCCCCUGCUCGUGUUCGAGGAAGCCUUCUUCUCGUUCUGCGACAGUAACGGCCUGGAGUACCUCGUGGGUCGUGUGUGGAUCGGCAUGUGGCUCAUCCUGCUGGUGGUGCUGGUGGUGGCCUUCGAGGGCAGUUUCCUGGUCCGCUUCAUCUCCCGCUACACCCAGGAGAUCUUCUCCUUCCUCAUCUCCCUCAUCUUCAUCUACGAGACGUUCUUCAAACUGGUCAAGAUCUUCCAGAGCCACCCACUGCAGAAGCAUUACAAACACAAUGUGACGAUAGACCCUAAGCCUCAGGACCCCCUGCCCAACACAGCCCUCCUCUCCCUUGUGCUCAUGGCCGGCACCUUCUUCUUAGCCAUGACGCUGCGCAAGUUCAAGAACAGCUCCUACUUCCCUGGCAAGCUGCGACGGGUAAUCGGGGACUUCGGGGUUCCCAUCUCCAUCCUGAUCAUGGUCAUGGUGGAUUCUCUCAUCCAGGAUACCUACACCCAGAAACUCAGCGUGCCUUCGGGCCUCAAAGUAUCCAACUCCUCGGCCCGGGGCUGGAUCAUCCACCCGCUGGGCUUGUAUUCCCAUUUCCCCAUCUGGAUGAUGUUUGCCUCCGCUCUGCCUGCACUGCUGGUCUUCAUCCUCAUCUUCCUCGAGUCCCAGAUCACCACGCUGAUCAUCAGCAAACCAGAGCGCAAGUUGGUCAAGGGCUCCGGCUUCCACCUGGACCUGCUGCUGGUCAUGGGCAUGGGCGGGUUGGCCACUCUCUUCGGGAUGCCCUGGCUCAGCGCCACCACCGUGCGUUCCGUCACCCAUGCCAACGCCCUCACCGUCAUGGGCAAGGCCAGUGCCCCCGGGGCUGCAGCCCAGAUCCAGGAGGUCAAGGAGCAGCGGAUCAGCGGGCUCCUGGUCUCUGUGCUUGUGGGCCUGUCCAUCCUCAUGGGGCCCAUCCUGUCCCACAUCCCCCUGGCUGUGCUGUUCGGCAUCUUCCUCUACAUGGGGGUCACCUCCCUCAGCGGCAUCCAGCUCUUUGACCGCAUCUUGCUGCUCUUCAAGCCGCCCAAGUACCACCCGGAUGUGCCCUACGUCAAGCGGGUAAAGACCUGGCGCAUGCACCUGUUCACCGGCAUCCAGAUCGUCUGCCUGGCAGGGCUGUGGGCAGUGAAAUCCUUCCAGACCACCUCGCUGGCCCUGCCCUUCGUCCUUAUCCUCACGGUGCCCCUGCGGCGGCUCCUGCUGCCACUUAUCUUCAGGAACCUGGAGCUCCAGUGUCUGGACGCUGACGAUGCCAAGCCAAGCCUUGAUGAGGAGGAAGGUCGGGAUGAAUAUGACGAGGUGCCCAUGCCUGUGUGAGAGGAGGGCCCAGGCCCCAGACCUCUCCCCCACUCCACUGCUCCACUUUCUCCGGAAAAGCAGAAGUUCAAGGGCACCUCAUGGACUCCCAGGUCCCUCCUGGGGCAGCAGCUGAGGCCCCGAGGCUGUGGGUGGGGGGAGGAAGGGGUGUCUAGAAAACCUUCCACGAUGUCUAGACUGACUUUUUUCUUUUUGGCUGGAAAUGGCCAGUGGAGCCCACAUUAGGGCAUCCACUGUGCAGCCCCCCACUGCUGCCGCGCUCCGCAUGGGGAUACCCUGCUGGAAGACUUAGGUCUGAGCCCGACUUAGAUCUGGCACAGACUGGGGGAAUAGUGAGGGAGGGAGUGGGGAGGGUGGGUUCAAGUUUCAGCUUGCCAUGUGACCUUGGGCAAGUCCUUAACCUCUCCAGCCUCUGCUUUUUCUUCUGUAAAAUGGGUAUAUUGAUCAUAAUACCCACAUUACAGGAUGGUUACUGAGGACCAAAGAUAAAUGUGAACAAAGGGCUUUGUAAACUCUGAAAGGACUAUUAUGCUGUAGUCCAGCGGUCGCCAACCUUUCGGACCUCACGGACCCCCAGUGGUCCGCAGGCCACCGGUUGGCGACCGAAGCUGUAGUCAUUCUUCUUCAAGCCUGCCCAAGGUCACACAGCUCCCGAACCCUACAGCUGGGAUUUGGACCGGGUCUCCCGAUUCUGAGGCCAGAGCUCUGUGCUCUACUCUAGUCAUCCACCGUCCCAUGCUUAGCGAUGCCCCUGCUGAUGCCUCCCCUCCCAUUCUCCACUCCAACCCCGGACCUGGGGACCCUUUUCUCUGGAGCAGAGGGCGGUGUCCUGGUGAGGGCAAGGUGGGUACGGAGACCAUCAGGGCUGGGACUCAGGACUCCUAAGUGCUUGUUCCCUUCCCCCCAUGCUCUCAUUCAUUCACUCAUUCAUUCACUCCACAAGCAUUUACUGAGCCCCUGGGCCCUGUGGACACAGAGCUGACAGAGCCAAGAACCCUGCUGAGGGAUGGGGAGUGAUGGGUAACUCACAGUCUGGUCUAGAUUUGGGUGGGUGGGGAGGGAGGGCAUGGGGAGGGGGAGGGAAGUUUGUAAUUUAUUGGUUGUGUAUUUUCUCAGAGCUAUCACUGUACUUUGGCCUCACACAUGCCCAGACCCCCAUUAGAGACCCACUGCCCCCAACCCCACCCGAGCUGAAUCUUGGGGAGAACCCAGGUGUGACCAGUUGAAGCAGGAGACAGUGGGUUCUGCAGAAUAUGGGCAAAUCUAUUUUUUUAAAAAACAAAAAUAUAAAAAUAGUUGAAAGAGCUAGAAAUGGUAAGAGAUGGUUGAAACUGAGAAGCGUGGUAUGACAGAAAAGAAAGGGGGCUUUGGACUCCUGGUGGAAGGCCCUUGGGUACAUCCCUGAAGGCUGACAGCAGCCUCCCAGCACUUCACUUUUUUUUUCUUUUUUUUU